AGCUGCUUUUUGGAAAUGACAUAUACACCGUCGCCCAGGGCGGAGUUAUGUAAGAGCUGGAUGACAGCAGGAGAUAUAAGCUCCUCUGCUUUACAGAAGAAGAAGCAGGAGAUGGAGAACAUGGGGCUUCUUACAUUGACAUUGGCAGUGUGUUUGGCACUUUGCGAUGGAGCCCCACCCAGUGUCACACAGGAGCCUGUAUCCACAGAAGAGCAAGAAGCAGCAGAGGCCUAUUUGAAGCAGUUCUACUCCGAUUCCAGCACUUCUUCCGUCAGUGGGAGGCGGGUGAGUGUACAAGACUUUGAGACCACUCUGAAGAAAAUGCAGGAGUUCUUUGGGCUGGAGGUGACCGGCAAGCUAGACACAAACACCAUAAAGGUGAUGAAGAAGCCACGCUGUGGAGUUACCGACGUAGCCAAAUUUGGACAUUUCCCAGGCAAGCCCAAGUGGGAGAAGAAAACCAUCACAUACAGAAUAACUGAGUACACGCCAGAUCUGAGCCAGAGGGAAGUGGACGCCGUCAUCAUCCAGGCUUUCAAACUCUACAGUGAUGUCAUUCCACUGGACUUUAAGCAGGUUUACAGCGGCACGGCUGACAUCAUGAUUCUCUUCAAAGCUGGAUAUCAUGGAGAUUUUUACCCAUUCGAUGGACCCAGUGGGGUUCUUGCCCAUGCCAUGUCCCCAGGCCCAGAUGAAGGAGGCGAUACUCACUUCGAUGAGGAUGAGCGCUGGACCCUGAGCGCAGCAGGUGUGAACUUGCUUUUGGUGGCCGCUCAUGAGUUUGGCCAUGCUCUUGGAUUGGAUCACUCGCGAGACCCCUCUGCUCUCAUGUACCCCACUUACCAGUACGUGAAUACAAAUGGAUACAAGCUACCAUUGGAUGACAAGCGCGGAGUCCAGGCUCUAUAUGGUGUUCGUGAAUCUCCAUAUCCUCAGCCCAAACCUGAGCCCAAACCUGAGCCUAAACCACAGCCAAAACCAGAACCUGGACCAAAUCCACCAGAGCCGUGCAAGCGGGAUUUAGUGUUUGAUGCUGCAACCAGCAUAAGAGGAGAGCUGUAUUUCUUCAAAAAUGAGUAUUACUGGAAGAAAACUGGCAGCAGGAGUAUCCAGCAGAUUAGAAUAAAAUCCACGUGGCCCGCAAUUAAUUCUGUUGAUGCAGCUUAUGAGCUCAAACUCAAAGGCAUCAGCUACUUUUUCAAAGGUCAGCGGUACUGGGGGGUGAAAGGGGGUCUCAUUGCCGGCUACCCGAAGCCCAUCUCGCAGUUUGGCUUUCCUUCAUCGGUCACUAAGAUUGACGCUGCAGUCUAUGUGGAAUCGACGGGUCGGACUCUGUUCUUUGUUGGCAGUAAUUACUGGAGCUUCAAUGAAAGGACUGGAAAAAUGGACAAUGGUUUCCCUAAAUCGAUUCGCCAAGAUUUCCCUGGCAUUGGCUCCAGAGUGGAUGCUGCUUUUGAAAAUUAUGGCUACCUGUACUUUUCUGAUGGUGCUCGGCAAACCGAGUAUGACUACAAAGCAAGAAUGCCGAGGCGUGUUCUUCUGAAUUACGGAUGGCUGAACUGCUACUAAGCAGACUUUUUCCAAAGUUAAACGUGCAAUUUUCAUAUAAACAGUACUGAAGUCAGGGAUGCGGGAAGGUGUUUUAAGUUGGGGUGCUGAAAUUUUCAGCACCAUAUACGUGACGUCAUGCAAAACGAUUUGCCUUUUUGUCAUUUGAUUUUGUACCCACAGUCACACUGUGCAAUUUAACACUUGAAGGCACAUCGAGCUGGAGAUAAUAGAGUUGAAAAAAGUUUGAAAACAGUAUAUUCAAUGUAAUAAUGGGCUGCUUUGGGGCUCAGAACUGGCCAAGAACCCUGUAUAGACCCUCUUUGCACCUUUACCUACAUGUGUUUUAGCAAUAUGCCCAACUGACUAACUGACCACUUAAGGUUUAAAAAAUAUAUACAUACAAUAUACAAAUGCAAUAAUAUGCUUAAAUUGUUAUGAAGUUCAAAACUUUUUAUUGUUUUUAUUAUUAUUUUUUUCAAGCAGUCUCAGUCCUGAAAUCUGGAGCUGCACCCUCAGCACCCCCACUUCCUGCAUCCCUGACUGAACCGAACAGCUGUGCUUUAUCAUAUAUUAGUCCACCUGUCAGUAUGCCCAGUAUUAAUAUAAUAACUGUUAUUCUUUUGUUAUUGUUAGCAUUUUUGCAACCUUAAAGCAUCUAAUGUCUAUUUUUCUACUGCCUUUUCUUGCAAGUAAAUUAUAAUAAUAAUAAAGCAAAGUUGAUUUGAA